AUGUUUCGCUUCAGCAAAACCCUCGACCCCAUCACCCUCUUCCACUCCCCCUCCCUCGCGAGCAGCACUCGCGCCCUCAACCUCCUCAAGCAAGCCUCCAUCAACGCCGCCGAGACCGCCACCGAAGACCAAGCGAGCGAGUACUCCUCGCACGCCAAGCAGCAGCGCGGCGAGUUCGAGCUGGAGGUUACCACGAACCCUCCGACGACCGACCAGCUGCGCAGCAUUAUCGAAUACGUUUCUCCCGUCAGUGGCGUGGGCGGCCAAGGCGACAAGAAAACUUACGAGGUUUCUGAGCUGGUGAAGGGCGCGAAGGAUGCCGAGGAUGCGGUGAAGAAGUUCAAGGAGGACCAGUCACGAUUUGUUCGUCCUAUUACUGUUGACUGGGUCAAUGGCCGUGCUGUGAUCGGCGACCAGGAAUCUGAGAUCUUGCGCAUGGUGCGCCAGCUUCCCUCGAACUAG